GGCGGAGCGUUGCAAUGUCGGUUAUAAUUUGGCUAUUUUUGGUGAGUUUUCUGUGCGUCGGCAUAAGCGCGGGCGAAGGAUGUUUCGGGUACGAAUUGCUGGUAGAGAGACUGGAAAACUUGGAAAAUAGACUUACGAAUUUGCUAGCCACGAGUCAAAACGUCUUCAAUGAAAAGAUAAACGAAUUAAGUAAAAACAUUGCAGCGGGUAAUUUGAGGAUUUCGGCCGAUUCGGUUAAAAAUCAAAAUGCAAUCAAUGAAAAAAUCAGUACAAUCACGUCAAAAAUAAAUGAUCAAAAUUCAAGACUGGAGAAGAUCGAAUCGAUGGGCAAAGCUGUGGUCAAAAUGCUGGAGCAAAGUCACAGCGGGAUCGAGACUAAACAUUCACGUUUGACAGAACGACUGACGACACUGGAAACAACCGGGGACGCCAUUUUGUCGCGGCAAAGAUCGACGGAAGGCAGAAUCAACGAGCUCACAGCGGGCAUUUCCACGUUGGGCAACCAAUCGCGACAAAUUCUCAAGAAUCACAACGAUUUGGUGGUUGCUUCGUGUGACAUGCCUACAAUAUCCGGAAUUUACCGGUUGCAAGUUCCAAACAUGAACGUAUUUUGCGAUGCGGUGGAUGGUGGAGGACGUUGGCUGUACAUCCAGCGGCGAGUUGAACAGGAUGUGAUUUCUUUCGACCGCAAUUGAUUCACUUAUGUCUCAGGAUUCGGUAAUAUCGGAGCAUUAACAAGUUUCUGGUUGGGCUUGGAAGCCCUCCACCAGCUUACAAGCAGUGCAAAUUACGAGCUUUUAAUCGGCAUUAAAAAUGAACACAACGAUUUCCGGGAGGCUCGCUAUUCUGAAUUUAAGGUGUCUGGAGCAAACGACGGCUACCGACUGACGGUUGGAGGU